AUGUCGAGUCAACAGAGCGGGCUGUGUAGCGUGGGUUGCCUGAGCAUACGUGCACAAAGCCAGGCGGCGACAGGAGCAACUGGACAACUGGGACCGUCUCACGCUGGCCCUGGAGGUGCCGGAAGCGAGUUUGAUCCUCAGAAGUACGAGAGGCCAUCGAUGAAGCAAGAGGAAAUUGCGGCGCUGAAGAGACUGUUUGACGCUUGCGACACGGACGGCACAGGCCUAAUUCACCUACGCGAUCUAAAGCACCGCAUGCACAAUGCCGGGUAUGAAUCAAAGGGUGACGUAAUAGGGGAGAUGCUCAGCCACCUAGAUCGAGAUGGUCGUACACGUCUCAAUUUUCGACAGUUUUUGGAUUUGUUGACAACCGACGAGACGCCCUACAAAACCUCGCAAGAUAUAUCUUGCACAUUCAACCAAUUCGAUCCAGAAGGCACUGGAUUUAUCACACACAAAAUGUUGACACGCACAGCUCGAGAGUUGAACAUGACACCGAACCCCGAUAUUAGCGAGAUUUUGGAACGAACAGAUGCAGACAACGACGGAAAGAUAAGCGGGGAGGAAUUUUACCACGUUAUGGAUAAGCAAACGUUUCCAUAG